AUGACAACUUUGACAACUUUAGAAAUUGAACUCUACAAUUCGCAAACUCAAAGAUGGCCUUCCUCCGGAAAGCACAUCUUGGCCCAAUUUAAUGAUAACUCGAUUGUGAUUUAUCAAGCUUUUAACAAUUCCAUUGCAGAUUACGCCGUCAAGAAUCAAAAAUUUGGCGGGGAUGAUUAUUCUUGGUCUGGAUGGGCCACAAAGAAAAAUCAAGAAAGGAUUUUAGCCAUAAGACUGUCCCUCCAAGGUUUUCUCACUAUCCUUUCUGAAUGCGUUCCUUCCACGUUUAAAGCUUCUUCAUAUACCGAUGAGAAAUCCUGGAAAGACGCACUAAAAGACUCUAAUAUUAGGCUUCAAUGGGAUCCCGAUCAUAAUCUUAGUGGAGGAAGACUUCCCCGUAGAGCCAUCCAACUUGGUAUAAGUGGCGAAGAUUUGGUGAGGAGAUAUUCAAACGAGUGGAUUUUGAGUAUUGAGGAUAUUACUGAAUUUGUUAAAGAACAGUAUGAUUUUGUGAAAGAGGGAAAAUUUGAAAUGGUGUGGACGCCAAAGGAACGAAUAUUUGAAAUUACGGAUGAAAGAAUUAGAAAUAAUUUGGGAAUGGACUUGAGUGAUGCUUAA